CUCAUCCUUUUCUUUUCUUUUUACUUUUUCUUUUUCUUUUUCUUUUUUUUUUAUUCUCUUUUCAUCAUGGUCGAAGAUAGUAAAAUAAAACUAGACCCAAUAGCAUUUUUUGAUCAAUUGGCAGCCAAUUCAUCCGAAAAGGAUCAAGAGAAAACACCUAACAAAAAUUUAUCAAAUAGUUAUUCUUUAGAAACUGUAAAACCCUCAAAAUCUGAUAUCGAACAUGAUGAUUUUCAUGAAAAAUGGACUAAAUUAAUAAAAAAUUAUAAGAAAGAAAAGCAAAUAUUAAUUCAGUAUUUAAGAGAUCAGUUAAUUGCUCUAGAAGACGUAGAUAAUGACUUCAAUAAAGGAAAUAUAGAGCUACAUGAUAAUAUUGAAAACAAAUAUAAUGAAAUAUCCAAAAACAUAUUUAAUAUCCAACAACAGCUUUAUAUCGAAAAAGAACAGUUUGAAAAUGAAAAGGCUUUACUAGAAGAAAUCGAAAAAUUACAAGAAGAAAGAAUAAAAUUGAAUGUGGGUGGGCAGUUGUAUGAGACUUCUUUAUCUACACUAAGGAAAGACCCUAAUUCGAUGUUAGCAAUUAUGUUUAAUGAGAAUGGAGGAACAAUUAUACAAGAUGCAGAUAAUUCUUAUUUUAUAGAUAGAGAUGGUACUUACUUUAGAUUGAUAUUGAACUAUCUUCGAGACUUGAAGUUACCUUCUCACAUUAUUAAUGACCUUAAAAUUAUGGAUGAAUUAAGACAAGAAGCACAAUUCUAUAAAUUAAACGGUCUAUUGAAAUUAUGUUGGAGUAAUUUGCCAGUCAUAACACAAGAGAAAUUAUACCAACUAUAUCCACUUCAGCCUUCCUUUAAUAAUGGUAUACUCUGCUAUAAACCAGUAAUAAUGAAGUUUGAAAGAAAAGAUCUAUCAGGCUUAGACUUUUCAAAAUAUCAUAUUGACCCAAAAUCAAGCUUUGUGAAUUGUAACCUGCAAAACUGUCAGUUUACCAAUGCUCAGUUUAGCUUUGAUUUUGACCAACAAAUAGAUUUUUCAUAUUCAUAUCUUGUUGGGACUAAAUUUCCAGAAGAAGGCACUGUAAAUCGUAGUGCAGGUAUUCAAUUCAAAUUUGAGAAUGCCAUUCUAAGUGAAGAAAAUAUGCUUUACUAAAAAAAAAAAAAAAGAAAA